AUUGUUUAUUUUUUAGGAAUCUGUUCGUAGUCAUCGUGUAACACGUUUUUAUUUACAACAUAAAGAUGAUCCACAUGGACCAUCAGUUUCAUUAUUUGUUGGUAAUUUACCUCCAGGUCCACGUACUGAAAAACAAUAUGAAAAAAUACUUUUUCAAGAUAUAUUUAAAUCAAAUAAAGAUUUAAAAUGGGAUAAUAUGGAUGUUAUUUAUUAUGAACAUGGAGCAAUGGUUUUAGUUUAUAAUGAUAGUGAUCGUGCAACACGUGCAUUUUCAAUAUUACGACAAGCAUAUCAUGAUCAAAAACAAUUAUUAGUAUUAAUGUUACCUAAUAUUCAACCACAAGUUAUAUCAUCAAAUAUAAAUCCAUUACUUGUUUUUGUUAAUGUUAAAUCAGGUGGACAACAAGGAUCUGAAUUAAUAACAAAUUUUCGUCAUUUACUUAAUCCACAUCAAGUAUUUGAUUUACAAAAUGGUGGACCUUUACCUGGUCUAUAUGUUUUUCGAAAUAUUCCACAUUAUCGUAUAUUAGCAUGUGGUGGUGAUGGAACAGUUGGUUGGGUACUUAGUUGUUUAGAUAAUGUUGGACAAGAUGCAUUAUGUCAAUCACCACCUGUUGGUAUUGUACCACUUGGUACAGGUAAUGAUUUAGCACGUGUUCUUCGUUGGGGUUCAGGUUAUACAGGUGGUGAAGAACCAUUAUCAUUGCUCAAGUGUAUUGUUGAAGCUGAAGAAAUUAAAUUAGAUCGUUGGACUGUUGUUUUUCAUCAAGAUCAAGAUAAACGUUUACCAAUAGUACCAGAAAUUAAUAGUGGUAAAUCAACAUCAGCAUUAAAGAAAGCUGAAGAAAAUAGAAAACGAAAACUUAAUGCACCACCACCAUCAGUUGCAUCAACGAUUAUUCCACAAGAAGGUUCAACAAGUGAAGAUAAAACAGAAAUGUUUGUUAUGAAUAAUUAUUUUAGUCUUGGUGUUGAUGCUGAUAUAUGUUUGGGUUUUCAUAUGGCACGAGAAGAAAAUCCAAAUAAAUUUAAUAGCCGAAUUCAAGCAAAAAGUUAUUAUGUUAAAACUGGUAUUAGAAAAAUGAUGAAAAAAGGUGGUUUGAAAGAUUUUACACGUGAUAUUGUACUUGAAGUUGAUGGAAGACGUGUUGAUUUACCACCACUUGAAGGUAUUAUUAUUACAAAUAUUCUUAGUUGGGGAAGUGGAGCAAAUUUAUGGGGACAUGAAAAAGGUGAUAAAUUUAGUCGGCCAACACAUUAUGAUGGUAUGUUAGAAGUUGCUGGUGUUACUGGUGUUGUACAUCUUGGACAAAUUCUAUCGGGUAUACGUUCUGGUGUUCGACUUGCUCAGGGCGGACAUGUUCAUAUUCGAAUGAAUACUGAUGAUCCAGUUCCAGUACAAGUUGAUGGUGAACCAUGGCUUCAACCUCCUUGUGACAUAACUAUCAUAAAAUCAGCACUUAAAGCAACAAUGCUUCGAAAACGUAAAUCAAAGAUCAAACGUCGAAAUACAGAACCAAGUGUUUAUUUUCCUGAUGUAGAUGAUGACUCAAAGGCUUGA